AUGGUACUAUUUGUGGUUUUGGUAUUAGGUUUGCUGCCUCAGACAGUGUGCAAUGUUACUAUUACUCAGUGUUCUAUCAGGGACCCUCUUCCUAUUCUUCACAAAUAUUAUCACUCAGGAGACGUCAUCAUUGCUGCCAUUAUGUCUCAGGUCUAUAUAUUCUCAAAUACACCAAGCUUCAAAAAGCAUCCAUCUCAUGGACCUUCUGAUGAUCAUAUGUAUUUCAGUGCAAGUUCGAUCUAUCUUGCCUCAAUGGAACUUCUCUCUAGACGGGGCAGACUCAUCUUGAACUACAAGUGUGACAUUGAGGACACUCCAGUAGCAGUCAUUGGGGGACCUAACGCUGAAUUCUGUUUCCAUAUGGCAACAGUACUGGAUAUCUACAAGAUGCCACAACUCAUCUAUGGCACUUUUCCUGUAUUCUAUGCUACUUUCUUCCACUGGAUGUUCCCAGAUGUGGCUCACCAAAAAAAUGGGAUUCUUCAGUUGCUUCUGCAUUUCAGGUGGUUGUGGAUUGGGUUGAUUUCUCAAGGGAGUGUGUACUUUGAACAAAGUAUUAUUUCCAUGUUUUCCCAGAAUGGUAUUUGCCUUGAUUUUAUUGAAAGAUUUCCAAAGCUAACCUUUUCCAAUGAGUUCAGUAAAAUGGUGGAGGAAGGUUUUCAAACAGUCAUCACUGUUAUGGGAAGUACUGCCAAUGUUGUGGUUGUACAUGGUGAAAUUCAUAGCAUAAUGGCCAUGAGAAUGCUACCCCAGGUUGCAGAUAUAGAGGAUAUAUCAAUGCAUAGCAAAGCCAAAGUCUGGAUUAUGACAGCCCAGAUGGACUUCACAUCAUAUCCCUUUCAAAGAGGCUGGGACAUAACUUUCCUUCAUGGUGCUGUAUCCUUUUCAAUCCACUCAAAGGAUCUUCCAGGAUUCCAGAAAUUUCUAAGGAUGAGACACCCUACUUGGGAAAAAGAAGAUGGCUUUGUCAGCGUUUUCUGGGAAGAGGCAUUUAGGUGUUCUUUCCCCCGUCCUUCUUUAGACAAGAACUGCAAGGAAUUCUGCACAGGGGAGGAGAAGUUGGAGACCCUUCCAGGGUCUGUCUUUGAAAUGAGCAUGACUGCCCACAGUUACAGUGCAUACAGUGCAGUCUAUACAGUGGCACAUGCUUUGCAUGCUCUGCAUUCCUCCAGUUUCAAGAAAAGAACAACAGUGAAUGGAGAUAAAUGGGAACUUCUGAACCUACAGUCAUGGAAGCUCCACCAGUUUCUCAGAAGUGUCUCAUUUAACAGUGGUGAUGAAGAUAUUUCUUUUGAUGAAAAUGGGAGAUUAGCAUCUGGAUUUGACAUUGUCAACUGGGUCAUAUUCCCAAAUGAGUCCUUUCUUCAGAAAAAAGUUGGAAGACUGGACCUGAAUGCCCCCCUAGACAAGAGUCUCUCUCUUCAGGAUGAUGCUAUUGUGUGGCCCAGAAGGUUCAACCAGGCACAGCCCGUGUCUAUGUGUAAUGAGAACUGCCAUUCAGGUUAUAGUCGGACCAAGAAAGAAGGGAAGCCAUUUUGCUGCUAUGAUUGCCUCCCAUGUCCAGAAGGGAAGAUUUCCAACCAGAAAGACAUGGACAACUGUUUUGAAUGUCCUGGAGAUCAGUAUGCAAACAAUGACCAUGAUGGGUGUAUUCAAAAAGUUUUAACCUUCUUGUCUUAUGAAGAACCUUUGGGCAUUAUUUUGACCACUUCAGCUCUAUCAUUUUCUGUAAUCACAGCCUUGGUGUUUGGAAUCUUCAUUAAGCACAAGGAGACUCCUAUAGUCAAAGCCAAUAACCGGAACCUCACCUACACACUCCUCAUCUCCCUCCUGUUUUCCUUCCUUUGUGCUUUGCUAUUUAUUGGCCAGCCGGAGAUAGUCACAUGCCUCCUUCGACAAACUGCUUUUGCUAUGAUCUUCUCAGUGGCAGUCUCUUGCAUACUGGCCAAAACCACGAUUGUGGUUCUCGCUUUCAUGGCGACCAAGCCAGGCUCCAGCAUAAGGAGAUGGGUGGGUAAGCGAUUGUCCAACUCCAUUGUUCUUUCAUGCUCUCUUAUUCAAGCCACAAUUUGUAUAGUGUGGCUGGCAAUUUCUCCACCAUUCCCAGACUUUGAUAUGCACUCAGUGACUGAAAAAAUGAUACUAGAAUGCAAUGAAGGUUCAACCAUCAUGUUUUAUUGUGUCCUUGGAUUUAUGGGUCUCUUGGCCAUCAUCAGCUUCACUGUGGCUUUCCUAGCUAGGAAGUUGCCUGAUAGUUUUAACGAAGCCAAGUUUAUCACCUUCAGCAUGUUGCUUUUUUGCAAUGUGUGGCUGUCCUUUGUUCCCACCUACCUAAGUACGAAGGGGAAAUCCAUGGUGGCAGUAGAGAUCUUCUCCAUCUUGGCCUCCAGCUCUGGGCUACUGGUCUGCAUCUUUUCCCCCAAAUGCUAUGUCAUUUUGCUGAGGCCUGAGUUGAAUAGCAGGGAGCAGCUAAUAAAAAAGGGGGGAAUCAAGUGUAACAGGUGGAGUUCUUGGUCUACACAAGAAACCUAUAUCUUUGGAUCAAAACCAGUAUCAUGUUAA